AAUUUUUACGUCAAUUAUUUAUUAUAAAAACACUUGUUAUUUUAUUUAUUUACCUAUAUUUUUAAAUUUGUUAUGAAAUUUUUGUUUUGUUGAGUUUUAAUUUCGUUGAAAAAAAUAUAAACAAGUUUGUUUGUUUUUUGUUGUUCAGGUGUUGACAGCCGACAGGUAUAUUUAUUGAUUAUUUAUUUUUUAUGACAAUGUGAGUGAUCAACAAGAUCAACAGGUUGUUGUAACAAGUAAACAAAUUGCUCUAAUUUAAAAGAAAAAUACAGCCAAAUUUAAACAAAAUAUGAAUAAUAAUAUUGGCUGUAAAAUAGAUCAAUAAUUUUCAUCAAAAUAAAUUGAUGAUAAAUAAUUUAAAAAACAAAAAAAUGCUAAAAAGAAAUUUGACAGUUAAAUAGUUUCGAUUUAAUCAAAAUGUGUCUACGUUCAUUUAAGAGAAAAUUAAUAUUUAUAAUUGGUUUUUUAAUUGGUUUUAUAUUGACAUUAUUAUUUAUAUCAAUUGACGAUAAUUAUAAGCUAUCAAUAAACACUGAAAAUACAUUUCCCAAGGCAUGGAAAUUAUUUCUAUCAAAUGAAAAUUCAGAAGACUAUGAAAAUCCAUUGUAUAAAAAUUUUUUACAAAAAGAAAAUGUCAUUGUAAAAACUAUUGACAUGGAUAAAAAACAAUAUGGGCCAAAUGACAUUGAAGAUAAUAUAGAAUCAGAUUGGUUAAAAACAAAAAUUCAUAUAACAUGUGUUGUAAUUGUUGAAAAAAUAAAAUUAGCAAAGACAAUAAAUGACACAUGGGGAUCACGUUGUAAUAAAAUAUAUUAUUUCAGUCGUAAUUAUGAAGAUAAAAAAAUACCAGUUAUUAAAAUUAAAAAAAAAUUAUCAUCAUCUUGGCAAAUGUUAUGUGAAUUAAUGCAUUACAUAUGGAAUGAUGCUGAUAAGCUUGAAUGGAUAAUAUUUGUUAAAGAUGAUACAAUAGUAAUACCAGAAAAUUUACGUCAUUUAAUUGCUCAUCUUGAUUACAACAAGAAUUAUUAUCUUGGUCAUCCAGUGAUGUUUUGGGGACAAGCAUAUAAUGUAGCAGAAGCUGGCUAUGUUUUAAGUAAAGGUACAUUAUCGAAGAUCAUAAAAAAAUUUGAUACAAAUGAUAAAUGUUUAUUGGGUGGUAAAUAUUGGAAAAAAGAAGAUUAUGAUCUUGGUAAAAAUUUAAAAAAUUUAAAUAUACAUCCAAUUGAUAUGAGAGAUAAUAAAAAACGUGGAACAUUUCAUGGUUAUUCAUUGCAAACAUUAUUAUUUGGUGUUGCUAAACCAGGUAGUUAUUUUACAAAAGCAUUAUAUCCAAUUGGUGAUGAUUGUUGUUCACCAAAAUCAGUUACUUUUAAUGUUGCUGAAACAAAUAAAGUUUAUACAUUUAAUUACAUGUUGUAUUAUCUAAAUGUUUAUCGUCAAUUUGGUCGAUAUGGAUCAAUAUCAGCAUCAACACCAGUACCAGAAGAUGAGGUAUGGAAAUUAUCACUCAAGGAAGAAUUUAAUCUUACUGAUGUUGAUGAUUUAUCAAGUGAUGAUUUUUACAAUAUAUGGAGAUCAAAAUAUCAAGAACCUGGACAAUUUAUAACUAAAUUAAAUUAGUUAAACAACUCAGUGAUUAAUUUUUAAUUAUUAAAAUUAUUAACAGUAUUAUUAUUAUUUUUAUAAUUAAUUAAUUUACAAAUAGUUUGAUUUAUUUUUUUCUUUAUUAAUCCAUUUGUGCAAUUAUUAAUUCUGUUAAUUUACAAAUAGAUUAAUAUUUUUUGUGGUUUUAUAAUAUCCGUCCGUAAUAAAUUAAUUAUUUUCUCAA